AUGGUGGUGCAGAAGCCGGUGCCACUAAUACUGGAGGAGCCACUAAUACUGGAGGAGCCACUAAUACUGGAGGAGCCACUAAUACUGGAGGAGCGGCAAAUGGUGGUGCAGAAGCCGGUGCCACUAAUGCUGGAGGAGCCACUAAUACUGGAGGAGCCACUAAUACUGGAGGAGCCACUAAUACUUGAGGAGCGGCAAGGUGCAGGAGCCGGUACCAAUGGGCGAAAACGUGAAGUCGAGCAUGCACAAGCUAUUGUCGUUACUAAAGCCAACUUCAAUCCGAAAAUGAAUCCAAUCUACAUGAGUGCCGUCGGAUACACGAUUGAGCAGCAUGCGUACGAACGCGGUCUCAUCCACAACCACGACAUGAUUCACGAGGAAGCAAUGAACAUAGGCGGCAAAUUCGCCGUGGUCUUCACCAUUCUUGAUGUGGACUGUGACCAGUUGAAGGAAUUCGCUUCAACAGCUAAAGAGAUGUCAACUCUCAUUGAGCAUGCUAUAGUCAACUGCGGUGCCAAAUCAACAGUUCUAUAG